GGGCGGCGGGCGAGGGGAGGUGGCUCCGCCGCUGCCGCGGACACGGCCCCUCCUCCGGGCCCGCCCCGCCCGCCGCACACAUGUGCCCGCACCCAGCGGCGGGGCGCGCCGUCGGGGCGGGCGGGCGCCGUCGCCUCGCCGACACCGCGCCGGCACCGCGGCGUCCCCGGGGCGCGGGGAGCGGGUGUCCGCGCUGACGCCGCUGCGCGCCAUGGCUGUCGCCUACCUGCUGGGCAACGCGUCCGCGCCGCUCCUCGCCGGCGCCCUGGAGGUCCCGUUCGCCGCCAACGCCUCCGCCUGCCGCCCGCCCGGGCCACCCUGCCCGGCCUGGGGCAACGCCUCGGCGGCGCUGGGCUGGAACCGCUCCGAGCCCUGCGGCGGCGGCAAUGGCAGCGCGGGCGGCGGGCCCUGCGCGCCCGCGGGCGGCGGCCCCUCCGUGGUCACCGCCAUCGCCAUCAUGGCCCUCUACUCCGUGGUCUGCGUCGUGGGGCUCUUCGGCAACUUCUUGGUCAUGUAUGUCAUCGUCAGGUACACGAAAAUGAAGACUGCCACCAACAUCUAUAUUUUCAAUCUUGCAUUGGCAGAUGCCCUAGCAACAAGUACUCUGCCAUUCCAGAGUGUGAAUUACUUGAUGGGAACUUGGCCAUUUGGUACCAUCCUUUGUAAGAUUGUUAUUUCCAUAGACUACUACAACAUGUUCACCAGUAUCUUCACUCUCUGCACCAUGAGUGUGGAUCGCUACGUGGCUGUUUGCCACCCAGUUAAAGCCCUUGAUUUCCGUACCCCCCGAAAUGCCAAAAUUGUCAAUGUCUGCAACUGGAUUCUUUCCUCUGCCAUUGGCCUGCCAGUUAUGUUCAUGGCAACUACUAAAUACAGGCAUGGCUCAAUUGACUGCACACUUACAUUCUCCCACCCUGCUUGGUACUGGGAGAACCUGCUGAAGAUCUGUGUGUUCAUCUUUGCCUUCAUCAUGCCAGUCCUGAUCAUUACCGUGUGUUACGGGCUGAUGAUUUUGCGCCUGAAGAGUGUCCGCAUGUUAUCCGGCUCCAAAGAGAAGGACAGGAACCUGCGGAGAAUCACACGGAUGGUGCUUGUGGUGGUGGCAGUCUUCAUUGUCUGCUGGACUCCCAUCCACAUCUAUGUUAUCAUUAAAGCCCUGGUCAACAUCCCAGAAACUACUUUCCAGACUGUCUCCUGGCACUUCUGUAUUGCUCUAGGGUACACAAAUAGCUGCCUUAAUCCAGUCCUUUAUGCAUUUCUAGAUGAGAAUUUCAAAAGGUGUUUCAGAGAGUUCUGCAUCCCCACUUCCUCAGCCAUUGAGCAGCAAAACUCCACCCGAGUCCGACAAAACACUCGUGACCAUGCUUCCACUGCCAACACUGUGGAUAGGACUAACCAUCAGUUGGAACUUCAAGAAGCUGAAACUACUCCACUGCCGUGACAGGGUCUCCUGCUGCAUGGCUCUCACAGCAGUUGCCACUGCCACAGAGUGCUAGUGGCAACAUGUAGGAUAUGCUUUCCCUCAAAAAAAACAUACCACAGAGGAAAGUGCCUGCUUUUCCACUCUGUCAAAAAUUGCUUCUGCAGCACAUCUGCAUUGCACAUAACAGAAGCAUGAAAGGUAACGGCGAGCAGAGCCAGGAGACGCGGGGCCUUCCCAGCUCCAGUGUUCAAAGCAGUCCUGUUUACCAGGAGCACAUACUUUAGUCUAGAGCAAAGCUACUGUGCCUGUAGCAACCUGACAUGCUCUUGGUAAGUUACAGUGGUGUUAAAACAGGUUGGAAACACAAGUUCAAAGGCUAGACAGCUACAGUUUGAAAAACAAGGUGAGCUUUUGAGGAUAGAAAAUAAUGGAAUAUGAAGUUGUAAUACUGUUUGGUACACUCUAUUUACUCUUAAAAUUUAUUUGUAGAGGUGUUUUCUGUGCAGGUUAUUUGUGUGCUGAAGUCUCACGAGGUCAUGUAGAGAAACACAUGUAGUUCAAGAGGUCAUCUCUUGCAAGGGUUGCAUGUUCUGCAGUUUCAAAGGAAAAUAUCUUUUUCAGUGAUCACUUUAAAAAAAAAAAAAAACAAAAACACCACAAACCAUAACCCCCCCCGAAAAAAACCCCAAGCUUCAUCUUCUGCUUCUAUUUCACAUAUAUUUAAAAAAGACUUUAAAAUCAAAACAAUAACUAUCACUUUUUCUAAAGAGAUGAGUAAAUGAAAGUAUUCGACAUUGUUAUUGAUUGUCAAAUGAUCCCCCAAACAGCAUAUAUUAACAUAAAUUUCUUUGUGAAUAAGAAUGUAGCUAUGAGCCUGUCAGAGCUUGAACAGGCUGAUGAUGUCUUCUCUUUCAAGUAGUUUCUAAAAUUUCAGCUACUCUGUCAGCAGCAUUUUCAAUUUGUAAGUAAAUGACAGCCCCUGUGUGAAGUACUUGGAGCAGUUAAUGCAUUAGACCUUUUUUAAAAAAGCAAUUUUAAAAAACAAUUUGCUAGACAUCUAUUUUUUCUUAAUCAAACCCAUAGUGUGUUUGCUUUUCUAAUGAACAUAGUACAGUCUGCAUCUACAUUUUGUAUUAGCUGCUAAAACACAUUAAGAUUUCAGGAAGAAACAUUGUGCUGCAGCAAAUGCCUUCUUAGCUGUUUUCUAGUAGGAAAAUUAGAAAUACCCAUGUAGAUAAUUCGUGGUGCAAUGGUAUUUUCUAGACAUUGUUUCUUACUUGCUUUGUAAAUAAAUCAUCAGUAGUUAACUGGGGAAAAUGUACUUUGGUGAAUUAAAGUGUAUUCUGAAAUACAACUAUAUGGAACAGAGGGAGGUUUUGUCUUUUCCUUUUUUCAGCAGCCAAAAUGUAUUUAUUUGCAUUGUUAAAGUCUGUGUUACAAUAAGGUUAUAAUGUGAAAUUGUUUGUUUCUGCCGUAGACUGCAUAAUAAAGAUUGAAGACAAAAUCCUUGCAAGUUGUAAAUUAAAGGAUUCUUUGAGUUUCAUCACUGUGUUGCAGCUAAAUGUAGCCUAUAUAUCAGCAGAAUAUGAAGCUAGGUAUAACAGAAGUGCCUUAAUUUUUUUCUCUUUCUGUUGAUAAUUCCACUGUGUGGUCAUAAGGAUUUAUGUUUAAUUUCCUGUCAGUUUAGCUAUGUCACCUCAUAGUCAUCAUUAAAGUUUAAACCAGAGUCAUCACCAUUCUGAGAGGUUUUGCAUCUAAUUUUUAAACAGCAUAAGAUAGGCACUUGGAAGAAUUUUAUUGUUUUGCACCACACAACAGUAUUAUUUAAGUAACAAAACCAACAUAGGAUACAUUAGAUUUGAAUGGAGUAACAUCCUAUGACAUCAUUACUACCUGAUGGAUUCAGAGCAGUCUGACAUGCUCACAUACAACAAUCAAAAAAUUUUAAAAUAUUGAAUGAGUAUUUGAAAAGUCUUAACUGGUAGACCAAAAACAUGUUUAGGUAAACUUAAGAUCAUAGUUUUGUGAGUAGUCAAAAGUUCGGCUUUCACAAAAUUUACAUAAUUAAUUGAAGCCAUUAUUUCUUUAUUUUGCAUGAAACACACAGGCAAAAUGCUGUGACUUGCUAGCAGACAGCCAAAUAUUUUUAAGGACAUUUUCUGUUUCUGCAGUCCAACAAUUGAGAACCCUGACUGUAAAUAUGUUUAGCAGUAAUAAUGUUGUAGCUUUGAUGGUUUAAGGAUAUGAGGAAAUAAAUUUUAUUAGCAGAGCACUAGAAAAAAUGGGUUUUUUUCUAUAAGGCUAGAGUGUUCAUUGGUAGUGCUUUGCAGUAAGUAGCAUGUUAUUACACAGCUUCUGU